AUGUUCGGAUUAGUCCAUUGUAAUGCAUCCAUUUUAGCUCGGCAAAAUACCGACCCGAAUCUAUAUUUUGUGCGAACAUUAAUGAGAAAUUGGCUUUGGCCGAUUAUAACAUUUUUCGGUAUAACCGGUAAUAUUCUGGCAGUUACCGUAUUAACAAAACGUCGUAUGAUACAAUCAUCAACAAAUAAUUAUUUAGUAGCAUUAGCACUUGUUGAUACUGCUUAUUUAAUAUUAACACUGAUUAUAAAUACUUUACAAAAUCCGUGUUUUACAGAUACGUCAUUAUCUGAAAUAUUUCUAACCAUAUGCCGGCCGAUUGCUGAUUUUUCAUCGAAUGCAAGCGUAUGGUUAACUGUUACAUUUACAGUUGAACGUUGGGUUGCCAUAACAUAUCCAUUACAAAGUCGUAGAUGGUGUACAAUAAAUCUAGCACGAAGAAUAAUCUGCGGUGUUCUAUUAGCAUCACUGAUAUGUACCUUACCAUCGGCAUUUGAAGUCAAACUUGUGCGAAUAGUCGAAAGAAAAAACGUGUCAAAUACAAGUAUUUGUACAAGUUAUAUUAAAGCGGAACCAACUGUAUUAGGAAGUAGUUUACUGUAUCAUCAAAUCUAUUUUAAUUUUGUUACAUUUGCUAUUAUUUGGAUUCCGCUGCUACUGCUUUUAAUAUUUAAUACAAUUUUGAUUGUUUCUGUCCGUCGUUCAAAACAACAUGACCGGCAAAAUUGUGAUGGAGAUCAAUUACGUCGACAUAGUCGAACAAAUCAUACUGAACAAAGAAAAAUAACAAUUAUGUUAAUCGCUGUUGUCAUUGUUUUUACUGUUUGUCAAAUCCCGCAAGCAAUAUCUUUAACAGUUCAAUCAUUUUUUCCUGUGUUUGCUCAGACACCAAAAGUUCUUAUUUAUAAUAAUUUUGCAAACUGUUGUGUUGCUAUCAAUGCGUCGAUCAAUUUUCUAUUAUAUUGCUUCUUUUCCUCCCGAUUUCGUUCAAUAUGUCGUGAAAAUUUUAAAUGCCUUAAUAAAUAUUGUGCAUAUUUUAUCGACCCAAAAACAACAUUCAAAAGAAAAGUUGAUCAGCGGACAUAUUUCAAUUCAUUUGAUAAUAACUCAUGGUUGAAUCAAUCGUAUAAUUCUUUAUCUGGAAAUCAUUUGCAAACGCGCGUAUCAGGUUGUAGUAUUGAUAUAAAUCCGAGAUAUCUUCAUCAAAUUAUUCGAAAACAAUCACAAAUAACGAAUGAUGAAGCACAGUCAUGGUUUUCUUGUUUACCAUCCAAAUAUAAACGAUCAAAAAACAGUAAUCGAUUUCAGCUUAAUCGUUUUUCUCAAAGUACAGUCGAAACGUGUCCAAGUACUCCAACGACUAGUACAAUACGAAGUGUACUAAUUACCUUUGGCCGAAAACGACACUCAAGUAUAUCCGUAACUGGUACCCGAAUAUUCAAAUUAUCAAUCGAUGAAACACCAUCGGAGCCUAUGCCUACAACUAGAAAAUUACCUUUACAUACAUCUGAAUCGAAUCGACCCAUUUUAAAAUCAAGAUCAAGUUCCUAUAAUUCAUUCAUCGAUAAAAAUCAAAAUUCAGACCGUAUAUGGAAAAAAUGUCGUCGAUCUUAUAGCACUAACGAAAAAAUUUUCGAGCACGAAGAAAAACUUGAUUCAACUGAAAUUGUUGAUGCUCCUGUGCAAAAUAAAUCUUUUGAAUAA